GAUUUCUCCAUUUCCCGUCGUAACCCUAGCCUGGCUCAUGGCUUCUCCUCGCUCCCCGCUCGUCGUAACCACUCAUAACUCACCCUAGACUAACUUCAGUAAUAGGCGUUAGAGUAAGACGUUUUCGUCAAGGCGUCUUAGUCGAGGUUUUUUUUUGUUUUAGCGUUUCCGCCAAGGCAUUAGAAGUUGAGCAGGAGAAAUGGAGGACUCUGAUGUGGUGGAAAAGGUUUGCAUCGAUCGCGAUAAGUCGCGGGAGGACGAUCGACCGCCAGAGGAGGCUGAUGUUGGGAAAAAUGGCGCGAAAGGACCAGUAGCAAAUGACGGAGACAUCGCCAUGGCGGAUGCCGACGGCGACGCGCACCUCGAGAACGGCGUCGCGGACACGACAGACGCCGACGCGGUGGUUGGGACAACGAGCGCGGAGGGGGGAAAGGACGAGGAGAUGCGCGACGUCGACGCGGUGAACGACGACGGCGUCGCGAGCGACGGUCGCGAGAAUGCCGUUGAGCGCGAUGAUGCCACCGCGCCACCACCGGCAGGCGCGGGCGACGACGUGGCGAGUGGUGAGGACGGCGGGAAGCAACUUGACGGCGUGGCUGACGGGGUUGACGGCGAGGGGGGAGAGGAAGGAGGUGCUGAGCCCGCCGAACACGAUCAGCGCGACGACAGUGCCGCGAAGGACGCGGAAGCGAAGGCGGAAGAGAAAGCGGAAGGGAAAGCGGAAGGGAAAGCGGAAGGGAAAGCGCAAGGGAAAGCGGAAGGGGAAGCGGAAGGGGAAGCGGAAGGGGAAGCGGAAGGGGAAGCGGAAGGGGAAAGUGCUGGGAAGGAUGAGGAAAAGGAAAAAGCGGAGGGGCAGCUCGAGGAAACGGAGGAUAAGCGCGAGGAAACGGAGGAUAAGCGCGAGGAAGCAGAGUCUGCGGACGGAGAGGGGAAAGUCAGCGCGGAAGGCGUUGGCGACGGGGAGAGGGGGGAAAAAGCGGAGGAUGAUAAGGGCGCGGAGGAUGGUAAGGGCGCGGAGGAUGAUAAGGGCGCGGAGGUUAAUGAGGGCGCGGAGGAUGAUAAGGGCGCGGAUGGCGGCAAGGACGAGGAGACGCUUGAGGGGACAGAGGAUGGGGGGAAAGAGGGGGAGAAGGCGGAGAGGGCUGGGGAGGAGCAAGCAAAGAAGGGCACAGGCGAGAAGGCGGUAGAGGGUGAUGCGGACGGAGAGCAGGAGGAGGAGAAGGAGGGGAAGGAGGAGAAGGAAGAGGAGGAAGAGGAGGAAGAGGAGGAAGAGGAGGAGGGGAAAGAGGGGAAGAUGGGGAAGGAUGUGGAGGAGGAGAGGAAGGGGAAGGAAGAGCAGGAGGAGAAGGCAGCGAGGGAUGGGCGGAAGGGCAAGGCGGGGAAGGAGGAGGUGCGCAAGAAGCACCGCGAGGACAGGGCGGGGGACGCCGCUGACGCCAGCGACCCUGAUAAGGCAGCCAAGAGCGCGUCCGCGCAUGCGCGCCCCCACGGCACGCCGGGCAAGAGCGCCGCCAAGACCCCACGAUCCCCCGCCACCCCCGCCAGUGGCGCAGGCAGGAGCCGCGCGGACGAGCCCGUGACGGCCAAGGGGCGCGCGCUGGAGGCGGAGAGCGACGAGGAGCGCGAGUGGGCGCCCGCCGUGCACGAGCUGGUGUGGGCCAAGGUGCGCUCGCACCCCUGGUGGCCCGCGCGCGUGCUCGUGCCCUCCGAGGCCACCCCCAGGGCGCGCGCGCAGCACCGCACGGGACACCUGCUCAUCGGCUUCUACGGCGACCAGACGUUCAACUGGCUGCGCCCCAUGGACCUGCUGCCGUUCGCCGCGCACUACUGGGAGAAGGCGCAGCAGACGCCCAUGAAGCUCUUCUGCCAGGCCGUCAGUGAGGCGCUCGUGGAGCUCGACGACCAGGUCGCCAAGGGCCGCCUGCACGGCGCCAAGCCCACGGCGCUUGCUGUGGAGAACAGACGCGUCAACCCCACCGUCAUGCUCUCCUACCUCCGUGCCACGGCCCGCAAUCCCAUCGGCGGGCACCGCGACGCGCUGCUGGCGGCGGUGCUGCGGCAGCGGCUGAUGGAGGGGCGCGGGGACAAGGCGCAGGUGGGGCGGGGCGAGCAGGGCGCCGACAGAACGGACCUGGGGGAUGUUUUUCUGGUGGAGGGACGCCUUGCGGCCGUAGAUGGGGAGGCGAAGGCGGGCGGUGGGGGGGAGGGGAAGAAGGGCGGGGAGAGAGGAGUGAGAAAGGCAGAGGCGCCGGUGGACAGAGAGGAGGAGGAGCAGGAAGAGGAGGAAGCGGAGGAAGCGGAGGAAGAGGAGGAGGAAGUGGUGGUGAUGAAAGAGAGGAAGAAGCGAGGGCGGAAGUGGGAGGAGGACGAGGACGUUGAGGUGGGGGAGGAGGAUGAGGAAGAGGAGGAGGAGGAUGGGGCGUUGAGGAGGAGGAAGGGGCGGCCCAGGGGCAAGCAGAGGGAGAAAGGCGGAGGGGGACGUGGGAGGAAAAGGAAGCAUGAGGAGGAGGAGGAGGAGGAGGAGAAGGAGAGAGAGGAGGAGGAGGAGGAGAAGGAGAGAGAGGAGGAGGGGGUGGAGGAGGAGGAGGGUCCGAGGCGGAGGAGGAAGAAGGUGAGGCGGCGCAAGUCCGAGGGGGGGCCUGGCGAGGAGAGGGAGGGCGAGGAGGGGCGCAGGCGGAGGAGGAAGAAGAAGCGGGUGGUGGAGGAGGAGGGCGGGGAGGAGGCCGCAGGGGAAGAGGCAGCAGGGGAGGAGGUAGCAGGGGCGAAGGAGGAGGAGAGGGUGGGGGCUGCAGAGGGCGCAGAGAAGAAGGCAGGGGAGGCGGAGGGAGAGGAGCGUGAGGACGAGAUGAAGUCGCCUCUGCACUCCCCCCUGCACUCGCCAGGGGUGGCGGGGGGCGGUGGGCGUGGCAAGGGGCGGCCGAGCAACGCUUUCAAGUGGGCGGCGGAGAUGCGGCGGCUGGGCAUCAAGGCGGGCGCUGAGAGCGCCCGGGAGGACGUGCUGCGACUGGCCAGGAAUCCCCUGGGCAUGGCUGACCUGGCCGAGUCUCUGAAGCCUGUGGCAGCCUGGCGCCAAAACACCUUCUGGUUCGCCCGCUCCCACAAGCCACCUGCCGCCGCCACCGCUGCUGCCACUGCUGCCGCUGCUGCGGGUGGGACCAGCAAGGGCGAGGCGAAGAAGCAGGCAGAAGGAGGGGCAGAGCAGCAGGCGGCAGGCGGAGAGAGUGCAGAGGCGGGAGAGAAGGGGAGAGAGGCGGUCAAGGAGGGAGAGGGGAAGGGAGAGGAGAGGGAGGAAGGAAAGGCAGCAGUGGAGGCUGGUGGGGUGGCUGAUGGGGGCGCGGAGGGGGGGGUGAAGGCGAAGGCAGGGGAGGGCGAGAAAGAGACGGACGCGGUGGUUGGUGGGGAGGUGGCUUCUGGUGAAGGUGCUGCUCCAAUGGAGGUGGAGGGAGGGGAGAUGGAGGAGGGCAAAGAGGAAAAGGGAGGGAAGGAGGAGGAGGGUGUAGAGAAGGGGCGUGAGGGUGGAGAAGAAGCGAAGGUAGGGGCAGUGAGUGAGGAGAGGAAGGAUGGACAGAUGGCGAAGAGGGAGGGAGUGGAGGAGAAGGAGAAGGAGGAGGAGGGCGAGGGAAUGAUAACGGGCGAGGUGGAGGAGGACGACAGGUGGGAGGAGGAGGCUGAGGAGGAGGAGCCACUGCUGGCGCCACCUGCAGCAACAGCAGCAGCAGCAGCACAAGCCGCAGCAGGAAAGGGUGCAGCAGCAGCGGCAGUUGCAGCGGAGGAGGGGGCGGUGCGGCUGAGGGGGCGCACCAAGGCGGAGGUGAAGGCUCGGCGACAGCAGCGCCUGGUGGAGGCCCGGCCGGGCAGCGAGAGCGAGGGCGAGGGAGAGGAGGAGGAGAGGGAGAGUGAGGAGGAGAGGCGGGAGCGGGCGCUGCGGCAGCGCAAGGGGGUGGGGGCGGUGCGGGUGGAGGGCGAGGCGGGCAGUGUGGAGGGCAGGCGGCGGUCGCUGGAGCAGCUGGCCGCCGCCAAGCGGGAGGCGCGGGGCAGACCGGGCGCUGACGAGUCACCCCCCCGUGCUCUAGUGCUGGCUCCCCAUGAUGCCACGUCUGCACCGCCGGGAUGGCCGCAGGGCGACUACACCACACCGACGCCCCCUCCCAUUUCAUCACCACUCGCCGCAGCAUUGCCGUACCCCGCCCUGCCACCCGCACCACCUGCCUCCACCCCUCCCGCCUCCCGCUACCCACACCACGUGCAGCACCCACCCCCCGCACCCCCUGCUCCUGCGCCCCCACCGGCGCAGCAGGUGCUGUGCAUGCGCUUCCCGCGCCUCAUGCCGCCGCCCUCUGUGGCGCAGCUGCGCGCCACCUUUGCGCGCUUCGGCCCGCUGCUCGCCGCCAAACUCAUCAAACACCAAGGGGUGGCCGAGGUGGUGUUUGAGGAUCCAGCAUCAGCAUCAGCAGCCAUGGGCGAGGCCAUGGAGGGGUCGUCGCUGUUUGGCUCGUGGGACGUGCAGUUCCGCCUGCGCCCUUACAACCCCAUGGAUUCGCCAGUGCCCCACCGGCCCGCUCACAGCCCCGCCCAUGGCCCUCCGCCCUUCGCUCGCCCCCCCCCUGCCCGCCUGCCCUCCACUGCCCCUGCUGCCCCCACUCCCCCCCGCGCCCUCGCCCCCCCCCCUGCUGGCGCCGCCCUUGUGCCCGCUGCCCCUGCUGCACGCCUUACGCCCUCCCAGCGCCACAGCCUGGCGAAUCCAGCGCAGGCGGCACAGAGGCCGGCGAGCGCAGCGUGGAUGGGUACGCCCACCACGCUCGGCCCGUCCACGCGCUCGCUGCCACGUGCUGCCCUCGCCAAGGACCCGCGCCGCCAGGCCCUGGCUGCUGCUGCCUCCCCUGCUGCUGCCGCUGGCACCAGCAGCGGCGGUGGCGUUGGUGGCGAGGGCAGGGAGGGGCUGCCUCCUGGGUUUGCGGCAGGGGCGGGCGGGGGUGGGGGAGCAGGCGGGCAGGACUGGUGGGAGGCGCAGGACUCGCUGCCCACGCCUCCUGUGGAGCCCGCACACGCCCCCUCCGCCCCACCCCCUGCUGCCCCCCCCCCUUCCCUUCCCCCGGUCCCCACCCAACUGCCCUCCACCACUCCCGCUCCUGCUGCGGCCGCUCCUGACGGCAGUGCAAGCACAGCAGCGGGGGCAGGAGGGGCGGCGGCGGGGGCGGACAUAGGGCAGAGCAUGUUCAGCCUGCUGCACAAGGUGCAGGCCAUAGUGUCGCAGCCAGAGGGGGACGCACGCCCAGCGCAGGGUGCCGACUCGAGCGCGUGAAGCACUGAGGAGGCGCGAGCAGGCUGCGGCCGGCAGUGAUUCACUGGGCUCUCCCUGCUUCUGCCCCUCAUUUCCAAGCCUGGCCGUGCUGCUGCUUCCUGCCGUCACUGCCCCCUGCAUUCCCACUUCUCCAUCAAUUCGCCACUCUUGCUCUCGCAGCUCUUCCCCUCUGCCCUGUUCUCUCCUGCUCGUGUGCUCUCUUGCUCUGUCUGGUCUGGCUGCUGCCUGGCCAUGCUGCUGUCCUGGUGCUGCGCCCCUUCGGGGGAAGUGCCCAGGAACAAAGGGGGCUGCCUUCUUGCAUCCCCUUUGCCUCUCACCUGUUCACGACUCACUAAUUGCAGCAUGGGUUUGCUCUCCUCUCCCUAUCAUGGACCCGUGUGGCUCGUGCUGCCGAUAUGACUAGUUACAUUCUCAGGGCUAGGGGUCACUUACUGCUGGUAGUUUGCCCAGUAAGGAUGUAAGCGUGUGGUAGCAGCCGCACAGCACAUAGUGCUGUGCUAGCCACAACACUAUGCAUACUCUGACCUGCCCUCCUGGCAUUUUCUUGAAGGCUCUUCCUUGCUAACCGGUUUGCUCAACAUUUGCCUUGGUAACUUGUGUCGUGUGCUACCUGUUCUAGUAACAA